UUUUCUCUUCUAUUUUUCAUUUGUGAGCCAAAGCCAUUUCCCUUCACAGCUCACAUACUUGGUGCGACGCAAUGGGUUUCCGAGCUUUGAGAUCCAUAAUCCGACCGGUAUGCGGAUCCCUUCUGUCAACCCCAACUGCAUCUCAUUUCUUCCCUGCAACAACCUCUCCGUCUCCACUACGGCAGCACCGCUACCUCUUUGGCUCCUUCGGCUGCAAUCUUCCUUGGAUUCCACCGUCCUCUGCCUUCCAUAGCCUAACUGACAGUCGCUAUCCAAAACGCCGCCCAAGUGACAAGCCUCGACGGAAAAGAGCCAGCUUAAGACCCCCAGGGCCAUAUGCGUGGGUGAAAUAUUUGCCGGGUCAACCGAUACUUCCUAAUCAGCCCAAUGAAGGAAGUGUCAAGCGAAGGAAUGAGAAGAAGCGAAUCAAACAGCAUCGUGCUUUUAUAUUGUCUGAAAAAAAGAAGCGUAAAGCUCAAUUUCAAGAGGCCAAACGGAAGAAAAACAUGCAGAGGGUGGAGCGAAAGAUGGCUGCAGUUGCAAGGGAAAGAGCGUGGGCUCAACGAUUAGUUGAACUGCAGCAGCUUGAAGAAAAAAAAAAGGAAGCUAUGGUUUGAUAUAUUACUCAAUAGCAAUUUCAUUCUAGUUUUCUUUUAGUCAACUUCUGGAUCCACUAUUUUGUUUCAGCCUUUCUUGGAAUCAUGGAUCAUGUUACAUGUUCUGCUGAAGCCAAAAUAUAGGUCAUGUUGAAAGCAACCAUUUUUCUAUCGCAUUGAUAUAAGCCUCCUGCAAUAAGCAUUAUCUUUAGAUUUAAGUGUGUAAUCGAACAUCCCUAAUUCCAUCCAUAUA